AGUUUGGUGCUAGAACAGCAGGGAAACGACGCUCUCCCAUUAUGGCUCCAAUUCUACAGUUUAGCCCACUGUUUUCAUCUGUCGAGCGCGCGCGCGCACACGCGGUCCCUCCUUCGUUGUUUAGUCAGGAAUGUUCACGUGUGUUGUAUUGAUAACGCGGGUGUGUGUUACUUGUGUGACAUAUGAGAGGAUCGAUAUGGAGUAAAACCAGCCCCCCGGGUUAUGGAAACACGCUGAGAAAAAUAAAACAGGAGAUUGCCAUGGCAGACCCAGAGGUGUCAACACAGAGCGGGGGUUAUGAUGUGGAGCUGUUUGUGGACACUCCAGACUAUGAUCUGAUCUGCACCAUAUGCCAAGGGGUCCUCAGAUGUCCAGUAAGAGCUGCGUGCCACCACAUUUUCUGCAAGAAAUGCAUCUUGCAGUGGCUAAAAAGACAGGAAACCUGCCCCUGCUGCAGGAAGCCGGUGAACCCAAGCUUGAUCUUUGUCAUGUUCAAGCUGAGCAAAUCUAUUGGACGCCUGAAGGUCAAGUGCAAGAAUGAGAUACGCGGCUGUGCAGAGACCUUUCCCCUCUCAGAGCAGUACUGCCACAGCAUGAGCUGUUUGUAUGAGCUCAUCCCCUGCCCCUACCAGGGCUGCAGGGUACAGCUCCUCCGCAGGGACCUCGAGACCCAUGCACACCACUGUGAGCACUGGCGCCAGCCUUGCCACAUGGGUUGUGGGACGAUACUCUCCCACCGAACCCAGGCUCAACACAACUGUUACAAGCAGCUGAGGCAGGAGUACGAAGCCAGGCAGAGGAAUCACAGGGCCAUUGCCACCGCCCUACAGCGGAAGAUGAGGAGGAUGCAGAGCACCAUGGCCCACAUGAAAAGGCAGAUAGGGCUUAUCUGUGAGAGUCUGGAGGUGAUGGACGAUCUGCAUGAGGUGGAAGAGGAGGACCUUGGGGAGAGUAGUGGCAGCUCCAGUGGGACUCCAAGUAGCAGCAGCAGCUGCUGAGGAAGGGAGUUAGUUGCUGGUGCUGGUUGAGCUACUGCUGUGUAUAAAUUCAGUUUGUGUUUAAUUCUUUGAAGUUGUGUGUUUUUGAGUAUAUGCAGUACUGUGAAAAAGUAUUUGCCCUCUUCCUGAUUUUAAUAUUUUUUGCAUAUUUUCUUUCCAAUAAACAAACACGUUUUUAAUAUUAGAAAAAGAUAACCUGAGUGAAUACAAAAUGCAGUUUUUAAAUGAUGAUUUCAUUUUCUGAGGUAAAAAAAAAAUGCCAAACCUACCUUACCUGUAUGAAAAAGUCAUUCUUCUCUUGUUAAUUUAUGAAUUCACUGUGAUUAACCACAUUUUUGUGAAGCUGAGGUCAAUUUCAGCAUUCACACAAAUAAAGGCUCCAAUCUAAAAAAAAACAAAAACAAAAAACUGCAAGAACAGAAACAAAGUCACUAACAUGCAUCAGUGUGGAAAGGGUUACAAAGCCAUUUCUGAGGCUUUGGGACUCCAGUGAACCACGGUGAGAGGCAUUUUAGACAAACAGAGAAAACUCAAAACAGUGGUGAAUUCCAAGAGAAGAUUGAUGACUCAUUCAAGAGGUUAUAAAACAACCGAGAACAACAUCUAAAGAACUGUAGGCCGCACUUGCCUCAGCUAAGGUCAGUGAAAGAAGUUGAACUUUUUGGAAGGUUUGUGUCCUGAGACAUCUGGCGUGAGCCUACCACAGCAUUUCAUAAAAAGAUCAUCAUACUGACAGUCAAAUAUGGUGGUGUUAGUAUGAUGGUCUAUGACCCUUUUGCUGCUUCAGGACUUGGACCACCUGCUGUAAUUGAUGUAACCAAGAAGUCUGCUCUCUGCCGGAAAGUCCUGAAUGUCUUGCCAUUAUUUCAUGCCCUGAAGCCUAAGCAUACUUGGGUUAUGGUUAUUGCUAUAUCGUUUAUAUAACCUAUUGUUAUAUAAACCUGACCCAGGUUAUCGUUUAUAUAGAAAUUAAUGUUAAAAUUUGUUUGAUGAUCCGAAACAUGUAAGCUAUCAAAAAAAAAAAAAAAAAAGAAGAGAGAAAUAUAGGAAUGAGGGAAAUUCUUUUCAUGGUACUGUAGGCAUCUGAUUAGUGUUGUUUUUUGGGGGGGGGGUUUUGCC